AGACUGUUAUUUCAUCUUCGUCAGAGCGAUGAGCUUCGCAGUGUUUCAGCAGCUGGCCCCCACCUCCGUGGUGGACUGCAGUAUCUUUGCGUCCUUCACCGGGGCUGAUGUCAACAACUUGGUGCUGACCCGCGGCGACCGGUUGGAGGUCUACCAUCUGCACCGCCGGCAGAACAGGCUUGGCUUCGCCUUCAGCAUCCAGCUCUGUGGACGGCCUGAGGCAAUUUGUGCCUUCAGACCACCCACAGGUGUGACCCAUUUGGCGUUGCUCUUCCGGCGGUCCCGGUAUUUGGCCGUGCUUCGCUACGAUGCGGAGCUUGGCACUGCUCAGACUUGUGGACAGCAUGUGUUAUCCACAGAUCCAGCUGCCCCAGAGGGUUUUCAACCAAAGCUUUUGGUUGACCCCGAGCAGCGAUGCUUGCUGGCACAUGCCUUGCCUGAACGACUGGUAGUGUUCCCCACCAGCCAGAAUCCUGUUCUGCGUCGUGACAAUAGCGCACAACUGGGAGCUUUGCACCAUCAGGAUGAGCAGUCAAGCCUGAGAGCACCCUUCACUGUGCAGGCUUGGUCCCAGCUGCGGCUGCAUCAUGUUGAGGAUGCUGCUGUCUUGGGAGGCUAUCACCAACCUACACUGGCUUGCCUGGGGCAGGCCCGGCCCAGCUGGGGAGGCUGCAGCGAGAGCAAGGAGAGCUCAGUGCUAAUCUUCGUGCUGGAUUUGGUACAGCGAUCGGUGCACCUCAUUUGGGCAUCCCAUGGCCUUCCAGAGGAUGCUUUUCGAAUAGUGCCGCUGCCUCCUCCCACGAGCGGGGUGCUUGCCAUCUCUCCGAAUUCCGUGACCUAUUUGAAGGAGCACGGCGCCUGCUUCUGCCAGGCGCUGAACAACGGGUACAGCAGACGUGACGGCGAUAAGGUCCGGGAUGAGAGCAAGCUGGACAUCCUCUUGGCAGACUGCACUGCUGUGGUGCUCUCUCCAACCGUGGUCCUUUUUUCUAUUCACCCAACCGGGCGUCUGUAUCUUGCCCACAUGGUCCUGACCGGACGAGACAAUGUGAUCGACAUUGUCUGGACCUCACCUGGACAGCACCUGCCGGCCUGGAACCUUUGCAGCCGCGAUGACUUUGUCUGCCUGGCCGACAUGGCUGGGGCAGUGAGCCUUCUCCGGGCCACCAUGUCGAAGAAGAAGCUUCCUGGAACUCUGCAGCCUUUGAAGCGCAUGCGCCUGCACGAGCCAGGUGAAGUUCCGCUGAAGCCCACUGAAAAGUUGAAGGAGCUCAUGGCCGUUCACGAGCAGCUUCGGGAUGUCUUCCGCUUCAUCCGCUCGUACACUUUCGAGGUUGCGGAUGAAGUUUCCUCCCUGGGUCCUUUGCAGUCAAUGCAACUCUUGGAAGAGGGUGCUUUGAGCACCCAGCGCUUCAUUGCGUGUGGUGGCACGGACUCCAAGGGCGCCUUGCACAUCAUGCAGCGAGCUGUCCCACUGGAGGAGCAGGUGGAGUUUGACCUUCCCAAGGAUGUCAGUUUCGGUGCGGUGUGGACUCUGCGGCAAGCGGAGGAUGCAGUGAUCCAGGGGAAAGCAGACAAGCCACUAGAGGCUCCGCCGCCACCGCACCGAUACGUGCUCAUCUCCGGACCUGGCAAAAGCAUGCUGCUUGAGACCACGGAGGAGAUCGAGGAGAUCUCGAAAUCCCGCGGACUCGACACCUCGGUCACAACAGUGGGAGCGGGCAACGCGCGGGGGCUUGUGGUACAGCUGACACCGCAGCGUGCCUGCUUCAUGCACGCAGCGCCUGGAGCAGGCCUGGGCCCGCCUCCUGUGGCCUACCCCUCCUCAGCCUCAGCGAUGGCGGGCAGCGUUUGCGAUCCCUUUGUGGUGCUGGGCUUCGAGGACAAGACCAUGAAGCUGCUCCAUUUGGCCGGUGAUACCAGCCAAGUUACUAUGAAGGAUGUCAGCCAGCAGCUGCCGCAGGAGCUGCAGGGCCCCAUCACCUGGGCCUCGCUGAGCCGAGGGGCCGAGAUCCGAUUGGUGGUGCUGUUGCCCACAGGCACUUUGAGCAUUCUUCACUUGGCUGGUGGAGGGAAGCUGGCAGUCCGCGAAGUGUUCCGUACCAGCCAUUUGGCUGAUGUGCCGCCAGUGCUCCGGAACAUCGCUGGCCUGGGAGACGAGGACGAGGAGUCCCGGCUCAGUGCAUCCAUGGACUACCUGCGCCCUGUCACCGAUGUCUGUGCUCCACUUCCACGCAGUGCAGUUGAGUCGCACCUCGCAAAGGCCGACAAUGCGGUGCAGCCCACUGUGCUGUGUGCCGAGCUUGUAGACCUGGAUGCAGACGAUGAAGGGCCUACGUUGGUUCUGCUUGUGAAGGGGAGGCCGAUGCUUUUCUACCGCUCCUUCGUGACGUCUCGCGGUCCUCAGGGCGAGAGGACGAGUGGGCACCCGUUCCCGUAUGGCUUCAGCCUUGUGGAGCACGACUUCCUAGGCCUGGUGCAGUCAGCCGCGAUGCCCUACCGACCCGUGGCUCCCUUGGACGCCUCAGGCCGGCCCAACGGCGCCGUGGCAGUGGCGCCGCAUGCGGGGCUUCCAGCUUUGUGGCUGGUGGCGAAACGGAACCAGCUUUUCAUCCACCCGCUGCCCGGCAAGCAGCACCGAGGGCUGGCGGCACUGUCCGCACCUUGCUGCCAGGGCCUGUUCGCCGUGUUGGAGUCGGAGGGCGGGUCCGUGGCGCAGGUGUGCAGCCUUGCCACUGUGGAGGGCCUGGACGCCUUUGACCUCAAGCAGCCGGUGCCUACGGCGCGGCUUGCCUUGAAGAAACGCCCGAAAUAUCUGGCCACCAAGCCCGGUGUCAUCGGAUUGGCGGUUUCAGAUGUGGUCGCAGAGUUGCCAGACGUACCUGCUGGACCCAGCAUCGAUGAAGACCCGCUCAGCGAGGACUGGAGCAUCAUCCGGGAGCCUCCAGUUGCAAAGCUCAGCCCUCCGCCCAUGCCGAGAACGCAUCCACGAUACGAGCUGUGGCUUGAGGACUCCAAGGAGCUCGCGCAAAUUGGGCGUUAUCGCUUUAGCUUCGACAAUGAGGAGGCAGUCCUCAGCCUGGCCUGGGUGAGUAUUCCUGGCUUCCCACAGCCCAGCCUUGCGGUUGGCACCGGUGUGAACACAGGGGAGGAUCUCACCUGCCGUGGCCGUCUGAUGCUUUUCUCCACGAAGGACAAGGAGCCCGGUAUCCUCCCGCCGAUGUACCAAAGGUCGCUGAAAGCGCCGGUAACUGUGGUGGGACAGUCGGGCAACCACUUUGUUCAUUCAGAGGGCUUCAAGUUCUUUGUGGAGAAAUGGGAGAACAGCAGCUUCAACAAGCUGGCCCUCUUCGAUGGCGGCAUUUGCAUGACGUCCAUGUCCAACAUCAAGAAUUUCAUGCUCUUUGGCGACUUGCGGAAAGGUGUCGAUUUUUGCCAGUGGAAGGAGGAGCAAUCAACUGGCACCAGGACGAUCCGAAGAUUGUCGCGCUCGCCACCAUCAAUGAGUAUGACAGUCUUAGCCUGCGAGUUUGUGAUUCACCAGAAGUCCCUGGGGUUGGUGGCCCUGGACCACAGAGGCUAUGCCCAUUUGUACCAGUACACGCCUCACAGCGAUGGCCGCGAGGGGGACCAGCUGCUCCGCAGCUGUGCCACCUUCGCGAUGGGCGCGCCCUGCCGGGCUGCCUUGAGGCUGCAGACCGAGCAAGGCAUUCAAAGCUUGUUCAUGGCUGGUGUUGGUGGGGAGCUCUACUGCAUCCGUCCGAUUGAUGACCAGGCUUACCGCACGAUCACUACCCUUCUCGGAAUGCUCUUCACCCGCCUGCCCUUCUGCUGCGGGCUCAACCCCAGGGCCUUUCGGAGCGACAACGCAGCGACGUUGCUUACGCCGCGGAAGAACAUUGAGGAUGCCGUGUUGCUGCGGCACUUCGCUUUCCUCAGCCAGCCGCUGCAGGGCUCCAUUGCAGAGAAGAUGCGGCUGCCUGUCUCGGCGUUGAUGAGAGCGACGGCCCCCUAUGGUUCAAGUAUCAUGUCGUGAAAAAGCCGCGCUUUGCUCCUUUGUGCCUUUGUGUUUGCCUGCCUGAUCAUGUCUUGACAAUUCAAGUCUUUCGCAACACCGUGACAGGCUCAGAGACUGCUUGGUAACAUAA